GCCCGGCCCGGUGCCCAGUCCGCCCAGUCUGCCCACGACGCCCCUCGGCGCGAGACACACCGAGACACCACUCGCCUUCUAGCGCCCCAGCACCAACGGCCGGCCGGCCAGUCACACACUCACCGCACCACCAGCCAGUGUACUCAGCACUCCACAGGCAAGACGCGACCGAGACUCCGAGCUUCUCCAAGACCGCUGGAAUGCUGCCAGAGGUGGGGCUGGGGCCGCAGUUUCUGGCUCUGGCCGCGGCGGCGCUGGUGUGCGGCGCACUCGCCUUGCUGGCUCUCGUCAACCUGUACUGCUUCCUCACGCUCGGAGUCUACCGCGGCAAGGAGAAGAUGCAGGGCAAGACCGUCAUCGUCACCGGCGCCAACUCCGGCAUUGGCCGGAUCACGGCCAUGGAGCUGGCGAAGCGCGGCGCGCGGGUCAUCAUGGCCUGCAGGACCAUGGAGACGGCCAACCAGGCCAGAGAUGAGAUCGUCAAGGAGACCAACAACCAGAACGUGGUGGUGCACAAGCUGGACCUGGGCUCGCUCCAGUCCGUGCGGGACUUCGCGGCCGAGAUCAACAGGAGCGAGCCCCGCCUCGACGUCCUGGUGCACAACGCGGGCAUGGCCAACACCUUCGGCCGUAAGACGUCCCCGGACGGCAUCGAGAUCACCAUGGCCACCAACCACUACGGGCCCUUCCUCCUCACCCACCUCCUUAUAGAUCUGUUGAAGAAAUCGAAACCCAGCCGUAUUGUGGUAGUGGCAUCAGAGCUCUACAAAUUUUCAAGCGUAGACUUAAAUAACAUGAACCCCACCCGCAAAUUGCCCGCUUACUUGUACUAUGUUUCUAAAUAUGCAAACAUCCUUUUCACAAAUGAAUUGGCAAGGCGCUUGGAAGGGACAGGUGUCACUGCUAACUGCUUGCAUCCAGGAAUGAUAGACAGUGGAAUCUGGAGAAAUGUUCCCUUCCCUCUGAACCUCCCUGUCAAAUUAGUGUGCAAAACUUGCUUCAAGACCCCUGAACAAGGUGCUCAAACAACACUGUACUUAGCAUGUUCAGAAGAAGUCGAAGGAGUAAGCGGGAAAUACUUCAUGGACUGCAAAGAACACUCUCUUUCAAGAGGUGCGUCAGACAUGAACGCAGCCAAAAAGUGCUGGGAAAUAUCUGAAGGAAUGGUGAAACUUCAGCCAACAGAUCCCAAGAUUUAGUUAAGAUUGUUUUAAAUGAAUGCUCAUCAUACAAUUUGUUAAGAUUUAUUUCCUUACCAUUUUAUAAUAAAAGUAGAACAAGACAG